AAAGCCUUUAGGGGACCACCUUCUGCGUCGUUGUUCAAUUGUUGUCUUGUUGGUCACUAGUUCUCCAUUCAACGAUUCAACUCUAUUUGUAUCAGCGUCGUCAUUGAUAUUUGCGAUGGCACUGAUGCAUACAAUCUUGCUCUCUUUAAUCCCACUUCUUGCUUUAUGCUCUCUCCUACUUCCCUCCGCAUCUGGGAGCACUGAUGGUUAUACUAUUAAUGGUCGAGUCAAAAUUCCUGGUUUUAGCUUGAAAGGAUCUGGUUUGGCAGCUAAAGCAUCAAAUGUCAAAGUCAUACUCAAUAGUGGCCAAAGAGUUACUUUCCUGAGACCUGAUGGAUAUUUCUCUUUCCACGAUGUGCCAGCAGGAACGCAUCUCAUAGAAGUAUCUGCAAUUGGCUACUUCUUUUCUCCAGUUCGAGUUGAUGUCAGUGCCAGAAACCCUGGUAAGGUUCAAGCUGCAUUAACUGAGAAUAGGAGGAGCCUGAGUGAACUGGUUUUGGAGCCACUGCGAGAUGAGCAGUAUUAUGAGAUGAGGGAACCCUUCUCCGUUAUGUCUCUGGUGAAGAGCCCGAUGGGUCUGAUGGUUGGAUUCAUGCUGGUUGUGAUGUUUUUGAUGCCAAAAUUGGUAGAAAAUAUGGAUCCUGAAGAAAUUAGGAAAGCACAAGAGGAAAUGAGAAGCCAAGGAGUUCCCAGUCUUUCAAGCUUGUUACCUGGGGCCCAAAGGAGCAACUAGUGAUUGUAUGAAGAACGUUGAAGCUUUGCAUUGAUACCAAGGAGAAUUCAUUUGCUGCCAUUUUAUGGAAAAAGUUGAAAUGAUGUAAAACCUUAGUUGCAACGAUUCAUCUCUGAGGCUGUCACAAGUUUAUAAUGACCUUAAGUAGUUCAAUUGUUAAUCUUAAAGAUCCUUUGUUUCCUUCUGGUUAAAUUUCAGAUCUUUAAGUCACCGUCAUUAGGUUUUAAUGUGGAUUUUGUUCUUUUCCCCCCAUUUUGAUGUAGAUUAACCGAAGACAUUGAGUACCUGGUAGUUGAUGGUGUCUUUAUAACAGAUUUGGAUUCAGUACCAUGUAACCGAUUACCGAUUUAAUCGUAUGCUGAAGUAUUGGUA